UGCGCGCAAUCUCUAUUGAGUGGUUUAUAAAAAAUUUGUUUCGAUUUAUUCAUAGCCGGCAAUAUGCUGCAGUUUUUACGAAAAUCUCGUUUCUAUUUCAUAAUAACUCAAGAAAUUAAUGAAAUUCAAAAGCUUUCGCAAAGUAGAGAAAACAAAUUAAACUUUAAGGAGCUGAAACAUGUGUCCAAAGUCCCUCGUACUCCUAUAAAACAAAGUUACCCCGUGGACGAAACACCAGCAAUUGACAUUGCCACUAUUCAACUCCUCGAACGACUUGCGUUAGUCAAUUUGGAAAGCAAAGAAGCUUUAAAUACUCUGGAAAACAGUAUAGAAUUUGCGGAAAAAAUCAGUCAUAUCGACACCAACAACGUGGAGCCUUUGUACACUGUCUUGGAAGACCAAAACGUAUAUUUACGCGAAGAUAUCGUAACAGAAGGAAAUUGCCGUGAGGAAAUCUUACGGGGGGCGAAAAUCACCGAGGAGGAUUAUUUCGUAUCGCCUCCUGGCAAUAUACCGCUGCAACAAAAAGAAAAGGAUUUUUCAUAAAAGAAUACUACAUCUAAUAUGCAACAAUUCAAAAAAAUAGUUAAGAAAU